UGUGUGUGCAAAUGUGAACCACUCUUAAAAGGAUGGCACUUGAGGAUCUGGUGUGCUGGUUUAUGGUGAUUUUUAGCCCAAUGUGGUAGUAGGCAUGAUGUAAAGAAGAGUAAAUGGAUAUUACUGUAUGUUUCUCUGUAGGACUAUUUUUAUUAAAUGCUGGAAAGUAGGCCCUCACAUCAGCAAGUCUUGCUCUUUGAGCAAAACAUAAAACCGUUUUAGGGACUAUUCCUCAUGGCAAAGAUGUAAGUUCCGUAAGGCAGGUUCAACAGAAUGUGUCUUUUACAGGCUGACUAGCUCUGCUGGGCAUGGAGCUCAACAGCUCAAGAACAGGAAGGAGGAUGUUUCCCUCUCCUGUGUGAGCUCUGGGCUCCGGCAAUCGCGGUUGCGAGCGGGGUCCGACCCGGCUCCGCCCGCGCCGCGCGCGCAGCUCGCGAGCAGCGCCCGCCCCCCGCCCGAGUCACGUCCCGCACGUCUCAGUGCGGCGGCUGCCCGCGCGCGCCCUGCCGGGGCACCGCCGCGCGGGUCACGCGGGGCCGCGGGCGGGAGCGGCUCCUGCAGCCUCUGCCCCGAGGGUCGGAGAGCGGACGGGGAAUGGAUCUUCCUCCGAGCCGCGUCCGCACCAGGCUCGGUGUGCCGGGUGCCGAGUUGGCUUCCAUCCCCUCGAAAAGGCUGGACAGUUCUCUUUUGGAAGGAACAAGCGUGCUGCGGAGUAGUUCUUAACGGUAUUUCUUCUCAAAGCCACUCGCCGCUUCAUAGAGGGAACACACAAGUUUCUUCAUCAUGGGAGCUGUGGUAGCUGAUGAUGGUCCAUCAGGUGUUAAAGCCCCUGAUGGAGGCUGGGGCUGGGCUGUCCUUUUUGGCUGUUUUAUCAUCACAGGAUUCUCCUAUGCCUUUCCUAAGGCAGUUAGUGUCUUCUUUAAAGAACUUAUCCGGGAAUUUGGCAUUGGAUAUAGCGACACUGCAUGGAUUUCCUCCAUUCUGUUGGCCAUGCUUUACGGAACAGGUCCACUUUGUAGUGUAUGUGUCAAUCGCUUUGGUUGUCGCCCUGUCAUGCUGGUGGGUGGCCUUUUUGCCUCCUUGGGGAUGGUGAUAGCUUCCUUCUGCACAAGCAUCGUUCAGAUCUAUCUAACUGCAGGUGUGAUUACAGGUUUGGGGUUGGCGCUAAACUUUCAGCCUUCACUCAUCAUGUUAAACCGUUACUUUGACAAACGCCGGCCCUUAGCCAAUGGGCUAUCUGCUGCUGGGAGUCCAGUGUUUCUUUGUGCUCUCUCACCAUUGGGGCAGAUACUACAACAUGAGUAUGGUUGGAGAGGAGGAUUCCUUAUCCUGGGUGGGAUGCUGCUCAACUGCUGUGUAUGUGGAGCACUAAUGAGACCUUUGGAGCUACCAAAAAAGUCAGAAGCUACCAAAGAGCCAGCUGAGAAGAAAGCGAAGAAAAAACUUCUGGAUUUCAGCGUUUUUAAAGACGGUGGCUUUGUAAUCUAUGCGCUAGCAGCAUCUAUCAUGGUGCUUGGCCUCUUUGUUCCCCCAGUGUUUGUUGUGAGUUAUGCCAAGGAUUUAGGGAAUCAAGACACCAAAGCAGCUUUUCUUCUGACUAUUCUGGGAUUCAUUGAUAUCUUUGCUCGUCCAAUCUGUGGAAUGGUAGCCGGUCUUAAAUGGGUUAGACCACGCUGUGUCUACCUCUUCAGUUUUGCUAUGAUUUUUAAUGGGUUUACAGAUCUCAUGGGUUCUAUGUCUGUUGAUUAUGGUGGACUGGUGGUCUUUUGCAUUUUCUUUGGCAUUUCUUAUGGAAUGGUAGGAGCUCUUCAGUUUGAAGUUCUCAUGGCUAUUGUUGGUACGCAGAAGUUUUCCAGUGCUAUCGGUUUAGUGCUCCUGGCAGAAGCUAUGGCUGUUCUGAUUGGUCCGCCAUCAGCAGGAAAACUCCUGGAUGCAACAGGGAGGUACAUGUUUGUUUUCAUUAUUGCUGGAAUUGAAGUUACCACUUCAGCCCUUGUAUUGGCCUUGGGAAAUUUCUUCUGCAUUAAGAAAAAAUCAGAAGAACCACAUAUAAAAGAAGAAGCAUCAGAGAGAGAAGAAUUAAACAAAUCUGAAAACAAAACUCCUGAAGAUGCCAAGCUGGACUCUAUUGAAGUGGAGCAGUUUCUGAAAGAUGAGCCUGAAAAAAAUGGCGAAGUUGUAACUAACCCAGAAACAUGUGUGUGAGCAUGACAAGGAACUGAAAAAUGUUUAGGAAAGAAAGAUUUUCAACACUAUUUAUUUUAGAAACAGAAAUAGUUUAGGGCUGGGCCAUCUGAUUUAGUAACUGCAGACUAGUCAGCUCACCAGGUCUCUUUGGAAGCUGAUUAGCUAGACAACAUCUUCCUGGAAAAUUAGCUUUAUUGGUAAAAGGUGGAACAUUGUGGUUACACAUUUCAUGUAAACUAAAAAGCUUUUAUGAACACAAUUAGGCUCUUGCUAUGCAUCACCAGAAACUGCUCACUUGGAUGAUACAGAAAAAGCAUAUUUUAAGAAAAGUGGAAUUAUAUGUAUGUUUUCAGACAAUAUUAAUGAAAUUGCUGUAUUGUGUGGCUAAAUAUAAUUUCCCUAUAUUCUCUGUGAAGGGAAAAGAGUUUGAGAUGGCUGAAAAAUCUCAGGAACUUAAAGGUCUCCAUGAGGUUUUUGAAUUUCUUACCUUUUUAUAUUUUUUAGAUUAAUUGGCUCAGCCCUAAUUUAAUUUUGAUAAUAUCUGUAACUUUGACUUAUGUAAAUGCAUUUCUGCCUAAACCUGUAACCUUUGCAAUUAUCAUCUGGAAGUCCUGUUUUUGGAAAGGCACAUUACCGAUAGUGUCCUCAGCAGAUCAUGUAAGUGGUAUUCCAAGGUAGUACUAAAAUUAAAAAAAUGAGCAGAAGGGAUCCUGACAGACCUUAAGCAAACAAAAUUAGCCCACAAUUCCAUACACUGUUUUCAGUAAAAUUCCCCUCAAGCGUUGUAAAAUAUUACAAGUAACAUGGAGAAGAUGAUUAUUAGAUUUAGUAGAACAUGGAGAAGAUGAUUAUUAAGUUUCCAGAUGACCUGUAGAGUGGGUAGACUUAGGGAAGAGACUAACUACUUUGAAACAUGUUAGUCAUCCAUAAAAUGCAAUGUUAGCAUUUUAAAAUAGGAAGGUUUAACAUGUUUGGUUUUGAGAUUUUUUUCUUCCCUGUUUAUCCCACCUCCCUACUCUCUGACUUAAUCUGUGGAAGUUUAAAGUGCCAUUCUUGCUGUUUGAGGAAACAUGAUAGAACUGUUCAUCAUUUUUAUGAUAGCACAGUAUUGAAUAGAAAAGGAAGGCAAAAGGAAGGCAUUCUCUUUUUUUUUUCCACCUGAAACCACUCAAGAAAUGUAAUUUUUUAAAUAUAAAAUCAUGCUACUGUACCCCACCGCUCAAAUCUGCUUAUAAAAAGCUGUCUAGGCUUUGUAACUGCAGUAAAAAUCUUCAAAAGAGA